UUAGGUCAAAAGUUAUCAAAAUGGCUGCUGUAUGCCGGUUGUCGAAACUUUUCUUCCAACAAAAUGCUAGGUAUUUCCAACGUCUGCAAGUUUCAAAUCCUACUUUAAGAAAUAAGUUGCCUACUUUACAACAUGUUUUAUUAAAUUCAACUACUAGCAAAAGUGACCAAGCUGCAAUCAGUUCAGAAUUUGUUGUCGGAAAAGGAACGGAGGUCACCCAAGAAGAAAUUGACGAAGUGAUCAGACGGGGGGAAGAGGAUCUGGAAGACCCUGCUCAUCCUGAUUAUGUGAAACAUGGUUUUCAUGAGGACCCUUACUCUGAUAGAAUACAAUCCAGGCUGGUGUUUUUUGGCAUGAUCUCGCUUGCAAUGGUGCUUGGAAGUUUAUUUAUACAUUACACACCUGAUCCGAAAGGAAGAGAAUGGGGGAGAAGAGAGGCUAAAGUUGUUUUACAAGAGCGAAGAGAACAAGGCCUGCCUUUGAUAGAUCCAAACUUUUGCCCCCCUGAGAAAGUAUUUGUACCGACUGAUGAAUGGAUCGCCGAACAUGGCCGAGUUUAAACCCACCUGUUAGUGUUAGUCUCACACAGGUAUUUUCAGAUGCUGCCUGUUGAAAGAACUUAUAACUAGAGUAUAAUGCUCGUGAGUGAUGUUAAUCGUGUUAUGGCAUGACUGCUUCUUCAUCCCUCUCUAGAUGCCAGUUAUCUAUUGUGUUGCUAGGUGACAUCUUUGAGCUACGAGAUACGACAAGUUGAUCGAGGAUCCAUAAAUACUCCCAAUAAAAUGAAUUAUUCAAUACUGAAUCGGUGGCUUGGGAAUUCUGUUAGAACAUUUUAUUAUUCAAUUUACUCUGUUCAUGUUGCAUACAUUGUGCCAUGUAGACAGCAAAGAUAAAGAUGGAGUGUCUCUUAGACGAAUAUCAAACCUGCACAAGUUAAUACUGUAUAUUAGUAAUUAUAUUAAAUAUUUCUGUUUAUAAAUGAUGCAAAUGUUUUGCUAUUGUUAUCAAUCAUUUUUAAUGACUGCUGAACAAUAAUUAAAUUCUAUUCAUAAAUAAGACUAAUGAGAUUUCAACAUCAUUCAUUUAGUUUCUAAUUAUCUAUAUUUGAAAUGGAUUAAUAGUUUUUCCCCUAAGUAUGAUUAAUUGAUAGAGCCCUGAAUGUUAAUUUACCAUCAUGCCAAAAUUCAUCAUUUGGUAAUACAGUACUGUAGUUUCAUUUGACUAGGAUGUAUUUCUUGAGGUAAAAUUAUGUGAUUUGUUUGGACUCUCCCCUCCCCCCCAGGUUAUUUUAAAGUGGAGUCAUAACUAUUGAUUUAAUUCUUAAAUGUAGGGGUUGUUUACAGCUAAAAAUACCAAUAAAAGCACAUAUAAAAUGAUUAAACAGCUUCUUUACCCGUAGUAUAAAACUGACGUUUCACUUCACUCUUCAAAAGGUCAAAACUCCAUUUUGUCACAUGGAUAUAUCAGUUUAUUGAACCUUUACAUAAAAAGUAUGGAUUGUUUUUUUAAGCUGUUAAUAGGUCGUAAACUGCCUGUCUUCAACACAGAGCCCACAUGGAUUGUACAGAUAGACUUCAGUUUCCAUUGUGAUGCAAUUUUGUUGAAAUAAAAAAAUGAUUGAUUUUA